CCAAGCAGAUCAUCCCUAAGACAGGAUUAGCAGCAGCAGCAAGCACUGUGCUUUACACUCACUGAUAAAAUGGUAGAUGCUUUCUGUGCAACCUGGAAGCUGGUAGACAGCCAGAACUUUGAUGAGUACAUGAAAGCUCUGGGAGUUGGAUUCGCCACCAGACAAGUGGGAAAUGUGACCAAACCUACUGUUAUCAUCAGCAAAGAGGGAGACAAGGUUGUGAUUAGAACCCAGAGCACGUUCAAGAAUACCGAGAUCAGUUUCAAGUUGGCAGAGGAAUUUGACGAGGCCACUGCAGAUGACAGGAACUGCAAGUCCACAGUAACACUUGAAGGGGAUAAGCUGGUCCACGUGCAGAAAUGGGAUGGAAAGGAGACUAAGUUUGUAAGGGAAAUCAAAGAUGACAAAAUGGUUAUGACUCUAACCUUUGGUGACAUUGUGUCAGUUCGUCAAUAUGAGAAAGCAUAAAUGGACAAAUCUUUGUGAAGCUGCUCACUUUAUACCCAAGUGUAACUUCUGGCAUGGUUGAAAAUAUUUCAACCUGAACAACAUUUUUCUAUGAAAGCAACCAGUGAAAUGAAAUUUAGAGACAUGGCCAUGAUCUGUGUAUACUAUCAAAUGUAUAACUUGAUGGCUGCUUGUUGACUACUAUGUUGUAACUUUUUAUUAAAGUAAUAAAACAUUUGUUUUUA